GUUCAUUCUGUGUGCAGAGCGUCUGCAAACGCCGGACGAUGACAUCAGCGAUUCCUACUGCACCGUCACCUAUGAAGUGUGAGUGCGGCGCCUGGUCCGGCCUGCAGGGGGCGCUCUCUCGUCGUGCGCCUGUAGGCCAGUGUCCGUGUGACCUCACUGGCUCCUGAUUGGCCGAGGUCGUUAUCCCAGGAGAACUGGUCUCGGACCAGCGGAUCAAAACCAUCAUAUAAAUAAAUAAAUAAAAACAAAAUGAACCAGGAAUAAACGACAACUCUAAAUAUAAAUCAUAAAUCUCCCCGAGCUGACCACCGCUCCUCCACAAGAAUGGGAUUAAAAUAAAACGAAUAAACAAAGAGGUGGAGAGCGGGAGAGAUGUGGGCCCGAGAUAAGGAAACGACAAGGAGACAGGAGAGGAAACGAGAACAGGAAGUGAUGAGGUUUCCUCUGGACGCGAGGCGAGGGUCCGGCCCUCUUCCCCCAGACACCGAGCUUUUAUUUUGAAGCCGGAGCUCCGGAGAACUCAUCGCUCACCAUGUUUACCCCCUCAAGGAUUAAAGCUACUUCUUAAAAAGAAGAAGAAGAAGAAGAAGAGGAGGAAGAAGGAGGAGAAGGAGGAAGAAGAAGGAGGAGGAAGAAGAAGAACAAGAAGAAGGAGAAGGAGGAAGAAGAAGGAGAAGAAGAGGAGGAGGAAGAAGAAGAAACAGGAGGAGAAGGAAGAAGAAGAAGAAGAGGUGAAUAAGAGGAGAAGAAAAAGAAGAAGAAGAAGAAGAAGAAGAAGAGGAAGAAGAAAAAGGAGAAGGAGAAGAAGGAGAAGGAAGAAGAAAAGAGGAGAAGAAGAGAAGAAGAAGAACAAGAAGAAGAAGGAGAAGGAAGAGGAAGAAGAAGGAGAAGGAGAAGAACAAGAAGAAGAAGAAGAAGAAGAAAGAAGAAGAGGAGAAGAAGAAGAAGAAGAGGAGGAGGAGGAGGCCCAUCUCUCCCUGUGUGUGUGAGUGCUGGUCCUGGAUCAGCCAUGCUGCGCUGCGUCCUCCAGCGAGCCAACAACCUGAAGCACUCUGACCCUCUGGCCGGCGUCACGUUCAGAGGGUGUAAGAAGAAGACGAAGGUGGUGAAGAACAACUGUAACCCCGUGUGGAACGAGGGCUUCGAGUGGGACCUGAAGGGGGCCCCCCUGGAGCCCGGGGCCGAGCUGCACUGCGUGGUGAAGGACCACGAGAAGAUGGGCAGGAACAGGUUCCUGGGGGAAACCCGGCUGGCUCUCAGAGACGUUCUCAACUCUCCCAACUUGGCCGCCACCUUCACCGUGUCGCUGAUGGACACCAAGAGGAACAUCACGGGGGCCACGCUGACCCUGCAGGUUUCCUAUGUGCCUCCUCCGGGAUCGGCUGCGAUGUAUCAGCCUCCUCCGCAUCCUGAAGCUCCAUCCCAUAAUAUCAACAACCCCAACGUGGAGCUGGACACCCUCACGGUGAUUUCUCUGGACACGCUGGGCGAGGAGGACACGGAGAGCAUGAUCAUGCUGGAGCCGGCGGAGGACCAGGGGCCCGACGACGGGCGCUCCAUGGCCGCCACGGGGCCUCAGGGGGGGCCCUCGGGCCUCGAGUCCCCCACGGCACAGACCCCCAAGCGCUCGCCGCCGGCCUACAACGCCCACGGGGGCCUGAGGAAGAGGAGGAGGGGAGCCAGCGGUCAGACGAAGCCGCUGGCCAACAAGCCUCAGGACCUACAGGUGCGCGUGCGCAUCAUCGAGGGCCGCCAGUUGCCGGGCAUCAACAUCCAGCCCGUUGUCAAGGUAACGGUCGCCGGGCAGAGCAAGAGGACCCGCAUCCGGAAGGGCAGCAGCCCGUACUUCGACGAGACCUUCUUCCUCAACUUCUUCGAGACGCCGGCGGACCUCUUCGACGAGCCCGUCUUCAUCACCGUGUGUGACUCCCGCUCGCUCAGGAACGACGCUGUGAUCGGUGAAUUCAAGUUGGAUGUGGGCACCGUCUACAACGAGCACAGACACUGCUUCUUGAGGAAGUGGCUGCUGCUGUGUGACCCCGACGACCUCUCCGCCGGGGUCAAAGGUUACCUGAAGGUCAGCCUGCUGGUGUUGGCGGCCGGCGACGAGCCACCGCCUGACAAACGCGAGUGUGUGGAAGACAAAGAGGACAUCGAGGGAAACCUGCUGAGACCGGCCGGCCUGUCUCUGAGAGGAGCCACGUUCACCCUGAGGAUCUUCAGAGCCGAAGACCUGCCGCAGAUGGACGAUGCCUUCGUGGACGGGAUGAGGCAGAUCUUCGGGUUCGACAGCAACAGGAAGAACCUGGUGGAUCCUCUGGUGGAGGUCCACUUCGCCGGGAAAACCGUGUGCACCAAGGUCCUGGAGAAGAACGCCAACCCCCAGUGGAACCAGAGCCUGGUGAUGCCGAUCCGGUUUCCCUCCAUGUGUGAGAAGAUGAGGAUCAGGAUUCUGGACUGGGACAGAGCGAGUCACAAUGACGUCAUCGGCACCACCCACCUCUGUAUGUCCAAGAUCUCCGCCCCCGGUGGACAGAUAGACGAUGACUUGACUCCACGGACCGUCCACUCUGGCAUUGACGACAGUCUGGGCUUCCUGCCGACGUUCGGCCCGUGCUUCGUCAACCUGUACGGCAGCGCCCGCGAGUUCACGGCCUUCAACGACCCGCACGAAGCCCUCAACCUCGGAAAGGGAGAGGGCGUGGCCUACCGAGGGCGAGUGUUACUGGAGCUGACCACGAAGCUGGAGGACAAGCCGGAGCAGAAGUCUGAAGACAUCCCGCCGGACGACCUGCUGGUGGUGGAGAAGUUCCUCAGGAAGCGUAAGUUCUCCCUCUUCGUGGCGUUCUACUCGGCCACGCUGCUCCAGGACGUCGACGACGCCGUCCAGUUCGAGGUCAGCGUCGGUAACUACGGCAACAAGUUUGACUACACCUGCCUCCCCCUGGCCUCCGCCACCCAGUUCAGCAGGGCCGUGUUCGACGGCUGCCACUACUAUUACCUCCCGUGGGGCAACGUGAAGCCGGUGGUGGUCCUGUCCUCGGAGUGGGAAGACAUCCGCCCGAGGAUCGAGGCGCUCAACAUGCUGCUGGCCAUCAUCGAGCGGCUGGAGGCCAACCUGCAGCGGGUGCAGCUGGACGUGAAGGCGGGCGGCGACCUGGAGGAGGUGGAGCUCCGGGUGGUGGAGCUGCUGGAUCAGGUGAUCACGGACUGCAGUGAAGAGCUGCCCUCCCUGGACCAGUGGCAGUGCUCCACCCCUCUGGACCGCUCCCUGAGGCACGUCCGUGAGCUCCACCUGGCCCAGGUGGUGUCGGCGGCCCGCGCCCUGAAGCACGGCCCGGCCACGGAGCUGAGCGCGGUGCUGGAGCAGGCGGAGGACUGGGCCGGCCGGCUCAGGGGCCUGGCCGAGGAGCCUCAGAACAGCCUCCCGGACAUCGUGGUGUGGAUGCUGCAGGGCGACCGCCGCGUGGCGUUCCACCGCCUGCCGGCUCACACCGUGAUGUUCUCCCAGCAGCACGGCGGGAAACACUGUGGACAGCUGCAGAGCGUGUUCCUCAAGAACCCACAGGGCGGCGUAGGAGAGGCCAAACUCGCUGGUCAGCUGAGGCUCAAAGUCUGGUUCGGUUUGGCCGCCGACGUCAAACACUUCAACCGAUACGCCGAGGGGAAGCUGUCCGUGUUCGCCGAGACGUAUGAGAACCAGACCCGACUGGCCCUGGUGGGCAGCUGGGGAACUGCAGGUCUGACCUACCCGAAGUUCAGCGACGUCACGGGGCGGGUCAAGCUGCCCAAGGAGAGCUUCAGGCCGUCGCCGGGCUGGGCCUGGGCCGGGGACUGGUGCAUCAGCCCCGAGAGGACGCUGCUGUUCGACGUGGACGCCGGUCACAUGACCUUCUCAGAGGAAGUGUUCGAGAACCAGAUGAGGCUACCGGGCGGGCAGUGGAUCGGCAUGCCGGAGGGCUACACCGACGUGAAUGGGGAGAAGGCGGUGCCGAAGGACGAGGUGGAGUGUCCUCCUGGUUGGGUCUGGGAGGAGGUGGAGUGGAGCGAAGAUCUCAACAGAGCUGUGGAUGAUCACGGCUGGGAGUACGGCAUCCCCAUCCCCCCAGACCGCCGGCCCAAGUCGUGGGUGCCGGCAGAGAAGAUGUACCACACCAACCGGAGGCGGCGAUGGAUACGGAUGAGGAGGCGGGACCAGCAGAAGAUGGAGGCGCUCCGAAAACAGCGGCCGGACGAGGCGGAGAGGGAGGGCUGGGAGUACGCCUCCCUGUUCGGCUGGAGGUUCCACCUGAAGCCCCGCAAGACGGACAGCUUCCGGAGGCGCAGGUGGAGGAACCGCAUGGAGCCGCUGGAGAAGACGGGCCCGGCGGCCAUCUUUGCUCUGGAGUGUUCUCUGAGCAGCAUAGAAGACAAGAAUGAAGACAAGUCCAUCACGACCACGUUCGGAGUCAACAGACCGACCAUUUCCUGUUUCUUCGACUGCGGCACCCGCUACCACCUGCGCUGCUACCUGUACCAGGCCAGAGACCUGCUGGCGAUGGACAAGGACAGCUUCUCAGACCCCUACGCCAUCGUGUCCUUCCUCCACCAGUCCCAGAAAACGGUGACAGUACGUAACACCUUGAACCCCACGUGGGACCAGACGCUCAUCUUCUACGAGGUGGAGAUCUUCGGCGACCUCGAGGCCACGAUUGCCGCUCCGCCCAACGUGGUGGUGGAGCUGUACGACCAGGACACAUAUGGUGCGGAUGAGUUCAUGGGCCGCUGUGUGUGCCCCCCCACCCUGACCGCCUCCCCCCAGCUGGCCUGGUUCCCGGUCCGCAGAGGGGACAAGAACGCCGGCGAGCUGCUGGCCGCCUUCGAGCUCAUACGCAGGGAAAAGCCCUCCAUCCAUCACAUCCCAGGUCUAGAGGGAGACAUCAUGACCUCCACCCACGUUCUGGACGAGCUGAUGUUUCCAGGAUUCAUCUCUGAGAACCUGCAGCAAUGGCCGGAGGAGUCGGACCUCCCCCCCCCGCCCCCCCAGAGGGAACCCAACGUCUUCGUGGUUCCUCAGGGAAUCAAACCGGUUCUGCAGAGAACCGCCAUCGAGGUGUUGGCGUGGGGCGUUCGCAACCUGAAGAGCUUCCAGCUGGCGAGCAUUACCUCCCCGAGCCUGCAGGUGGAGUGCGGCGGCGUCACGCUGCAGAGCUGCGUCAUCCGCAGCAUGAAGAAGAAGCCCAACUUCGACGUCAACACGUUCGUCCUCGAUGUGAGGCUUCCCCGAGAGGAUCUCUACAUGCCGCCCAUCGUCAUCAAAGUCAUCGACAACCGGCAGUUCGGCAGGAAGCCGGUGGUCGGCCAGUGCUCCAUCCGCUCGCUGGAGGAGUAUCGGUGCACGCCGGAGGAGGAGGAAGAGGAGGAGGAAGAGGAGGGCUGGAGACGAGAGACGCCGCAGGCGACGAGCGGCGAGGUUUUCAUCGACAUCGACGACCAGGAGCCGCUGAUGCCCGACCAGCUGGCGGACGGAUCUGGCUCCGCCCUCAUUAACCUCUCCUCCUCUAGCUGCAGCCUCCAUGCCGAGGAGCUCAUGGACUGGUGGAGUAAGUUCUACGCCUCGACCGGAGAGAAGAACAAGUACGGGACGUACCUGGAGAGAGGCCUGGACACACUGACGGUGUAUGACCGGGAGUUGGAGAAGGUCGAGGGUUUCCAAGGCCUCUCUGACUUCUGUCAGACGUUCAAGCUGCAAAGAGGAAAGACUCGGGAGGAAGGGGAGGAUCCGACGGUGGUGGGAGAGUUCAAGGGUAUGUUCAAGAUCUACACCCUGCCGGAGGACCCCUCUGACCCCGCCCCCCCCAGGCAGUUCAGAAAGCUUCCCCCCAACGGCGUCGAGGAGUGCUUGGUCCGAGUCUACGUCCUCCAGGCUCAGGGGCUGCAGCCCAAGGACGCCAACGGGAAGUGUGACCCCUACGUGAAGAUCACUUUGGGGAAGCAGACCAUCAGCGACCAUGAAAACUACAUCCCCUCUACACUGGACCCUGUCUUCGGAAAGAUGUUCGAGCUCACCGCCUCCCUCCCCCUGGAGAAGGACCUCCGGGUGAUGCUGUACGACCACGACAUGCUGACCAAGGACGAGAAGAUCGGAGAGACGCUGAUCGACCUGGAGAACCGCUUCCUGUCCCGACACGGCGCCUCGUGUGGCGUGCCGCGGUCCUACAGCCUGUCGGGGGUCAACCGCUGGCGGGACCAGCUGACCCCGAGGCAGCUGCUGUCCAGAGUGUGUGAGCGCCGGAACCUGAAGAAACCGGUUUACCACGAGGAGGAGGUCCACUUCAGAGGAGAGCGCUACACGGCCGCAGACCUGCAGGAAGAUAAAAACGUGUCCAGGCGCCACCUCGGCCCGCUGAAGGAGCGCCUGUCGCUCCUCAUCCUGAGGAAGCUGGGCGUGGUCCCCGAGCACGUGGAGACCCGCCGGCUGCUCAGCCCGCUGCAGCCGGACAUCGAGCAGGGCCGGCUGAUGAUGUGGGUGGACCUGUUCCCCAAAUCCCUGGGACCCCCCGGAGCCCCGUUCAACGUCACGCCGCGCAAGGCCAACAAGUUCUUCCUGCGUUGCGUCAUCUGGAACACCAGCGACGUCAUCCUGGACGACGUCAGCGUCAGCGGCGAGAGGAUGAGCGACAUCUACGUGAAGAGCUGGAUGGACGGUCACGAGCACAGCAAGCAGAAGACCGACGUGCACUACCGCUCCCUGGGCGGAGAGGGGAACUUCAACUUCCGCUUCCUGUUCCCCUUCCACUACCUGCCGGCCGAGCAGCUGUGCGUCUUCGACAGGAAGGAACAUUUCUGGAGUCUGGAUAAAGCCGAGACUAAACUGGCUCCUAAACUCACCGUCCAGAUCUGGGACAACGACAAGUUCUCCUUCGACGACUACCUCGGCCACCUGGUGCUGGACCUGAACCGCAUGCUGCGCCCGGCCAAGGCCCCAGAGGGGUGUGGCCUGCAGCUGACGGAGCAGCCGGCGGAGCGGCUGGUGUCUCUGUUCCAGCAGAAGACGGUCAGAGGGUGGUGGCCCUGCACCUGUGAGCGGGGCGGGGAGAAGGUCAUCGCGGGGAAGGUGGAGAUGUCUCUGGAGAUCGUGACGGAGCAGGAGCACGAAGAGAGGCCCGCCGGGCCGGGGAGGGACGAGCCCAACAUGAACCCCCACCUGGAGGAGCCCCAGCGUCCAGAGACCUCCUUCCUGUGGUUCUCCUCUCCCUUUAAGACCCUGAGGUUCAUCCUGUGGAGGCGCUUCAAGUGGUUCAUCAUCCUCUUCAUCGUCCUCUUCUUCCUGUUCCUCUUCUUCAGCGUCUUCCUCUACUCCUUCCCGAACUACGUGGCCAUGAAGAUGGUGGGACCUUUCGGGCCAGCAAAGGCAGCAGAGUGAUGAUGAUGAAGGUGAUGAAGAGACGAGGAGACGAGCGACGGAACAAUGUCCAGUUUCUACAAGUGAAUGAUUUAUUUUGAAGGGAUUCUGUCGUCUUGUUAAAGUUGUGAGGGAACGCCAUCUGACCGCGUGUGUGUGUGUGUGUGUGUGUGUGUGUGUGAGUGUGUGAGUGUGUGUGUGUGUGUCUCCGAGAGGGAAGGUAAAAUGACAGUCGGAUCCCCCCCCCCAAAAUAUUGCCAUGUUUAAAAAAAAAAUCAAAUAGCUUAAAAGCGGCAACGGAAUCAAAGAUGGCGACGUCUGAUCUUUUUACCGCCUGCUGUUGCUACGGCGACUGAACGUCUUCAAAGAGCCAAACUUUCAUCGUUCUAAAAAUAUUUAUUCAGUCUGAAGAAGAACCUGAAAGAUUCUCUUUAAAUCCUCUCGUCCCGCGUGAUGCCUUCAAGUGCAAUCAGAAAUCAAAGAUGUGUUAAUGCGCUUCCUUCUCCUCUUCCUCAUCCUCUUCCCCUUCCUUUGACGUUUCCUUUUCUUCCUCCUCUUAUUGCCCGUCCUCCUUCCUCAUUUCCCUUCUCUUCUCCUCCUCUCCUUUUUGUAUCUUCCUCUCCUUUGUUUCCUCUCUUCUUCCUUUCCUUUUAAUCUCGUUAUGCUCCUCCCCCUCUUCUUCUUCUUCCUCUUCCCCUUUCCCUUUCCUUCCCUUGGUGAUUCCUUUUCCACCUGCACUUCCUCUUCUCACCCAUCCUCCUUUCUCCUCCUUUCUUCUCCUCCUUUCUUUGUUUCUUUUCUUCUUCCUUCCCCAUGUAUCUAAUUAUGCUCCCCCCCUCUUCUUCUUCCUCCUCCUCUUCCCUUUCUCCUUCCCUUGACGUUUCCUUUUCCACCUGCUCUUCCUCCUCUUCUCGCCCAUCCUCCUUUCUCCUCCUUUCUUUUGUUCCUCUCUUCUUCCUUCCCCUUUGAUUUCAUCAUGCCCCGCCCCUUCUUCCUCCUCCUCUUCUUCAUCCUCUCCUCUUCCGGGUCUUGUAAACAAAGUCACACGGAUUACAUUUUUAUUUUAAAAAAAUGUCGCCCUCCAUUUUGGUUCAAGUAAAAAAAAAAAGUGUUUAUAUUAUUAUAAGAAAACUGACCUUGAAGUUUAAUAUGCAAAACAAAUAAAUCCUAAAUAAAUAAAUAGUAUCGGGAUGUUUGAUAGACGAUGAUUAUUAUUAUUUAGUUGCGUUACUUAUAUUAACGUCAUAUAUUUAAAAGCUUUAAACGUCUGUCACCUGCCAAAGAUUAAAUAAUCGGAAUUAUUUUUUUGCUCGUUCCAAAGUGUGUCUUUAAAACAUGAACUCUGUGCUGUGUUUUCCCGAUGUUUAUCCGGUCAGUAAAUGCACCGUGCCUUGAGCCUUCAGCUGUGUUUCCGUGGUAACGCUGACUCAGCAGAGUUUUAAGAGACUUCAAGUUGCCUUUUAUGGAGAAUUGUUUUGUUUUAUCGAAAUUCAGAAGUUUGAAUCGUGUAAAUGUAGUUUGACAUUUUGUAAAAUACAAACUAUUUGCUGUAUUUUUAAGAACGUUAUGAAGCUACUGUUAGCUUAGCUUAGCAUAAAGACUGGAAACGGGUGGAAACAGCUAGCUUGACGCCGGCCAAAGGUUAAAACACAUCUUUAAAGUGCUAAUUGACUAAUUAAAUCUAAUUAAACCAGGAGACUGAACACCUUUACGUCUAGAAUCGAUCAAAUUAGACUUACCACGUUCAUCUUUGGUAGGUUGGUAGGUUAUAUUCUCAGGAUAUAUUUCACCAAAUGUCAAACUAUGUCUUCAAUGGAUGAGAAAAUGUUGUGCCUCUGUUUUAUAUGUGCAAAUAAAUGCAUGUUUGAUCUUCUCAAAGCCUUAAAUUUAACUUGCACUGAUUAAUGAAAGCAGAAAUAAAGACAAAAAGCUCCAUAUUUCUGUUAGAGAAUGUUUACUGGAUGCACCGCGGUAAAAACAAUCCGGUGACUGAUGCGUUGAUGAUAUUUGAAUCUCUGGGAGAAACUGAGUGAAAACAUACCAAAAAAAGCAAUACUGUGUCAAUAUUAUCAAUAAAACUGCAAUUAUGAUCA